AUGACCGGAUGGCCGCAUUGCUAUUCCAAGAGAAGCGCUCAAUAUCAGCGCCUCACCUUUUGAGAAGCAGUGACGCUACCUACCUGAAAGCAAUUGACUCAGAAACGCGGAAGUGAAGUCAACUUAUCUUUAGCUCAGUACAGAAGUUUUUAAUAUUGUACUUUUAGUAUAAUUAGAGCUCCAUGUCUGAAGUAAGGGUAAACGUUUCGUGAGUAAUGAAGGAAACGGCGCUCCAACGACAGAGUAUGUGAUCAUUUUUCGCUCAAUUUGGAUUACGAGCGUAUUGCAACAUGUACUUCAAGAAUCCAGAGCAGGAUGGUAAUGAGCUGCAGGAGAGAAACACGGAUGGCUUUGACAAUACCAUGGAGGCAUUACUCCCAACUCUGCACCAGCAGAGGACAUAUGAUUAUGUUCUAGUUGCUGACAAAGUUGAGGACCAAGAUCACCCAAAGUUUCUGAAGCAGGUGGCUUUUAUUGACCACCUGAGGAAGAAAAACAUGAAAGUGACAAAAAUCGUUCAUGAUGACAAGGUGUUUUAUGGUGUCCGGGCCCCAAAGGAGAUCUUUGACAAGUACAGGUACCUACUAAAGGUGUCUGAUGCUUGCAACUGGAGCGGCGACCGCAAGUGUGUCAUCAUCCCUCACUCAACCAGGAUCAGAGUAGUGCAUUACAUCCUACACCACACCCAUAUCAACACAGGGGAGAACCUCGAAGAGCUCCAGAAGAAGGGUGUCUUUGAGGCCACGUUCUGCCUGCAUGAGAGGAACAAGCAAAAGGUGUUGAAACAAAAGUGGGCACGAUGGUCUGCUCUCUGUACGACCCAGCCUGUCGAUGAUGUCAGGAGUUACUUUGGAGAGAAGGUGGCUCUGUAUUACCUGUGGUUGGGCUGGUACACCAUCCUGCUGGUCCCUGCAGCCAUUCUGGGUGUGAUUGUGUUCCUGUAUGCACUGGCUUUCUUCAACACCAGCCCCCUCAUAAAGGAGGUCUGUGAGUCUGACACCGUAAUGUGCCCGAGGUGUGACAAGUGGUGUCAAGUAUGGCAGCUGCGUGACACCUGUACCUAUGCCAAGGUGAGUCAUCUGUUUGACAAUGAGGGGACGGUGGCCUUUGCUAUGUUCAUGGCAGUCUGGGCUACCAUUUUUCUCGAGCUGUGGAAGAGACACAAAGCAACGUUUGUGUCCAAAUGGAAAGUCUUUGACUGGUGUGAGGAAGAGGAGGAGCUCAUCCUGGGAGUAGUGAAUGAUCCAGACUUCCAUCCCAAAGAGUUUCGCCAUUCUUAUCUGCGCAGCACUCUAGUUCUGGUGCUGGUCACUCUCAUGUUGGUUCUGAUCAUCGGGCUAACCCAGGCUCUGGUGGUGUUCCGUGUGGUUGCUGCCGUGCAGCUGUCAGAGGGAACAUGGGAGUUUGUAAGGGACCAUGCCAACACUGUAGCAGUAAUGUUGGGUGCUGUACUACACUACUUCACCAUGCAAGUUAUGACCAGAGUCAACAAGGCGGUGGCCUUCAAGCUGUGUGAGAUAGAGAAGACACAGUCAUUUGCGGCCACUGAGAGGAGCUUCACUGUUAAGAUGUUUACCUUCCAGUUCUUCACCCUCUUCUCCUCACUCAUAUAUGUGGCAUUUUUCCUGGGCAGGAUAAAUGGUCGCCCAGGCAGCUAUGUUCGUAUUUCUGGUAAAUGGAGAUUGGAGGAGUGUCAUCCCAGUGGCUGCCUCACUGACCUCUUCAUUCAAAUGGCCGUCAUCAUGUUGCUCAAACAGACACUGAAUAACAUCUUUGAGUUUACUGUGCCCUGGUUCAAGAGUUACUUCAGAAGGACUACAACUAAGAGGCUGGAGAGGAAGUGUGGCCACUGCUACAAAAAUGCAUGUCGCGAAGAGGAGAAGAUGGGCCAUGACCCAUGUGAUAUCUGCAAGCUGCGUGAUUGGCUCCGCAACUACGAUCUGAAUGACGUCAACUCUUUCAGUCUCUUCAAUGAGUUUCUGGAAAUGGUUGUUCAGUUCAGUUUCACCACCAUCUUUGUGGCGGCCUUCCCUCUGGCCCCUCUACUGGCCCUCAUCAACAAUAUCUUUGAGAUCCGUCUGGAUGCCAUCAAGAUGGUCAGCUUGGAACGCAGAUUAGUCCCCAAGAAAACCAAUGACAUUGGUAUAUGGACCAAAGUUCUGGAAGCUAUUGGUGUUCUGGCUGUCAUUGCCAAUGGGCUAGUCAUUGGGGUGUCCUCAGACUUCAUCCCUCGGCUGGUCUAUCGCUACCACUACGGACCCUGUGCCAACGGAGAAGCUGAUGUACACUGUAUGAAGGGCUACAUCAACGACACCCUAUCCACUGCUCAUAUAACAGACCUGAGCGUGCGGAAUGAUUUUUUCCCCAGUCAACUGAUCACAGAGAGCGGCUUCAAUGUUACACAAUGCAGCUAUAAAGACUACAGAAAUGAUGUUGACUACAGCCUCACCUCCCAGUUCUGGCUCAUCAUGGCUGUACGCUUUGCCUUCGUCGUCCUAUUUGAGCAUGUAGUGGUCAUCUUUAAAUUCAUUGCUGCCUGGUUUGUGCCUGACUCCCCCAUGCUGGUGAAGAACGACAGACUGAAGGACAAAUUCAGUAGACUCAAAGAGGAACUGCAGGAUAUGAAGUGCAGCCAGUCCACAGAUGUGUGAUGCCUGCAACAGAGGGACAUCCUGAGACAUGACCAGCAUGACACAUGACUUUGAAGAUUUGAAAAAAGACACAUAAAAAAUUAUGCUCUCUGCACUGUCCUGAGAUCAGCAUCUUACAGCAUAGCUAGCGCCUGGUUAUGAGAGGUAGGACAGCCUCCUCUCCCAACACCUCUGAGUUUUCCCCCACAUGGUCAACACUGUUUAUACCGGUGUGAUUAAUGGCUACCCAUGGUGCAUGCAAACGUAUCUUAAUAGCCGAUCGGGGUGACAAGUUUCUACGAGGAUUAGACUGCUCCAAACUCUAUUUCACAUAUAAGUACGGGUACCCCAAUAUAAAUGAACCAAUAUACUGACAGACUAACCUCAGAUACCAGACGCCAAACCACAACUGAGGUUCAUAAGAAGAGGUCCAUAUAGCAUUGUAUUUUCUUAAAUGACUGAUGACCCAGUAGUAGCCUCAGCCAAGUCCCCAACAACCAGAUGUUCCGGUUUUCAGGGGAUAUGGAAAGAGAGCCUGUGACGCGACUUCCGCUUUUGGACGUUAACAAGGCGACACUCCAUCUUAACUCCUCCUCCACAUUUACCGGAUUGGCUGAACAGUGCAGAAGAUAACGUUUUUUUUCUUCUCGUCAAGACCAGUAUGUAGGGGAUCUAGUUUCAGGCAUUUAUUUUUUCUAAUCAAAAGGGGACCAUCGCAGUCUUCCAGAAGUUCGGUUGGUGUGUAAAACGUGUGAAAUCAGAUAAAUGAAAAGGUGUGAUGGGUCCGUACACAAAAAUGUUGCAUAAAGAUGACUUAAUUAAAAUUAAAAUAAACACAUAUUUUCACUGCAGGGAUAGCAUACAAACCUUUCAACUUUUCAACCUUCAGUAUGUAGAUUUAUUUUAUGCCUGCUCCAUUAGGUUAACCUAGCAGGGAUGCGUAUACAGUAACAGAGUUGGGGUUAAUUUUGUUUCACAAACUGUACAUGACAUACAAAUGGAAAACCUGAGUUGAAAUGUAUUGAAUACCGUACUCUGGCCAAUCACGUUUUACAAAGAACUGCGGUAGUUUUAUUUUGGGUACACAAAACAUCCUGUUUUGCAAAUACUGUACUGAUGUUUACAUGCUUUUAGUAACAUAUGUGCUCUCAACACAUAGAAUCACAAAGUGUGAAUGUCAUUUCUUUGUUAUAUAAUUAUGCAUCUCUUGACUUUCCUUUUAAUCCACUGCAUUUCUUUAUUUGAAAUUUAAAUUCAGCGUUGCUUUAUGUUCUGUAUGAGCAAGAGUUUUUGUAAAGUAUAAUUCAGAAAUGAUUUGAGCCAAAAAUUGACAUUGUAUUGUUGUUGGAAUGGUGUACAUUUUGAGUUGCUGUAUUCUUUUUUUUUUUACUGUAUAUUGUACAUACAGUAUGUGACAGGGUUUUGCUCAUCAGUCUCAGUCACCUGAGUGAAAGUGCACUAUAAUUUUGUUCAUUUGCUUCUCACUUUUGAUGGACUGACAGGACAAAGAUUAAAGCCUCAGCUGAAUGUGUACUUGAGGAUUUUGGGGGGGGUAAGCUAAGUAGACACAAUUAACUACCAUUUGGUGGACCACACCCUGUGUAAUUCCCUAACAAGUUGAGCCUGAUCAACACCCAAAAAACAAUUUUCACAUUAGGUCAGGUAAAUAAAACAGAAGAGAUAAUUAUAGAGAAAGUGGUCCAAUAGAAGGUUUCUAUGAACAUAGUGUCUGUAUACCACAAGAGGGCAGAGUGGUCUUCUCUUCUACAGCCCAAAGGUAUAUACAGCACUAAACUACCUUGUGAAAAUAGAUUUGGCAAAGUGAAGGGAAAUGAAAGGGCUCAUCUACAUGGUUUGCUAAAAGCAGUCUCUAACUACAUGUCAUCUUACUGUAGAUAAAACUAUUCUAUCCAUG